AUGCGUCACGCAGCCGCGCGGCGGCUGCCGCUGCUCCUGGUCCUGCUGUUGCUCGCGGAAUCCACCGGCAACCGAUGCGCCUUUCCCACCACCGCCGCCUCCUCCGAGACUGCAGAGGCCGCCGCCUCCGAGACUGCAGAGGCUCCUCUGCCGCGCCGGUGGGUCCCGCCGCCGCCGCACGGGCCGGUCUGCAAAGACUGCCCGAGCAUCGUCUUUAGCCUCACCGACGACCAGGACGUGGAGCUGGGCGGCUGGACGCCGAUGGUGAAAACGCAAUCGCUGCUGCAGGGCGACGGCAACGGCGCGAUGCUCACGAGCUGGCGCGUCCACACACCAAUCUGCUCUCCGAGCCGCUCACAGACCGUCUCCGGCCGUUACUUCCACAACAUCAAAUCGACGCUCGCGGUGCCACCGGCCAAGGUGCAACCGGCGGCGACGGGGCACGUCAACGGCAGCGUGUACACCAACGCCACCUUCGGGGCGCACCUGCGCGCGCAGAGGGGGUACAACGUGGCCAUCUUUGGCAAGGCCAACUUCAACACGAGGGAGGGCUUCGACCGCUGGUUCCAGGGCGCCUUUCUCGGGUACGGUGGCGGCUUUGAGGACGACGAGUCUCCAGACUUUGCAUAUCGCGCGGCACCGAGCGAGUACGCCACCUCGCUCCUGGGCAACAAGUCGGUCGAGUGGAUCCGCCGCCCCAACGUGACGGGCAGCGCAGCGGCAGGCCGGCCCUUCUUCCUCUACUUUGCGCCACAUUGCCCACACACGCCCGCGAUGCCCGCCGCAUGGUACAAGGACGCGUGCGCCGGCGUGCGGUCGCCCCGAACGCCAGCGUACAACCACAGCAACGCCGGCUUCCACGCGCUGGUGGCGACGCAGCCUCCCAUCUCGGACGUGGAGGCGACGCUGAUCGACGACCUCGCCCGGCGGCGCUGCCAGUGCCUACUCUCCGUCGACGAUGCGCACGCGGCGCUGGUUGUGGCGGUCAAGGAGGCGCGCCGGUGGGAGUCGACGUACUGGGUCGUCACGUCCGACCACGGGUACAACCUGGGCCAUCAUCGGCUGCCGAGCAACAAGUUCCUCCUCUACGACCACACGCUCCGCGUCCCGAUGCUCGUGCGCGGGCCGGGAAUCGCCGCCGGCGACAACCCCGUCCUCGGCACCAACGUCGACUACGCUCCCACCUUCCUCGGCCUCGCCGGCCUCGCGACGCCCGCCGCGAUGGACGGGCGCUCCCUCCUCCCGAUGCUUGUGCCCGAGGCGCGCGAGGGCGAGCUGCCCGCGCCGACCCGACGCCACGUCCGCGCAGAGCGAGCGGCCCUCUCGCGCCGGCCGUGGCGCGCGGAGCAGUUCUUUCAAUACUACACUCAGGGCGGUCCCUCGCCGUACCACCCGCAGGGCUGCCCGCAGACACCGGGCUUCAAGCCGUGCGAGGGCUGGGCGCCGGGCUCGUCGAGCGAGCCCAACAACUCGCCCGGCGAUCUGAACCAGUGCGGGUUCCCGGAGCACGAGGCGCUGCGCGGCACGGUCCGGCCGCUCGACGACUACUCGAACACGUACAUCGGGCUGCACUGCCCCGGCUGCAUCCCGGGCGACGCCAGCGAGUACAAGUACGGCGAGUACCAGUAUGUGUGCUCGAGCGAGGAGAUUGUUGCCCGGCGCUGCUUCAGCUCGAUCGACACGUACCAACUCUUCAACAUGUCCGCCGACCCAUACGAGCUCCACAACGUCUACGCCUCCGCGCCGCCGCCGAUCCUCGCCGCGCUCAAGGCGAGGCUUCGGAGGUACUACCCGUGCCGGGGAGCCGCAUGUCCUUGA